AAUUAACAAUUAAUGACUUUUUUUUAAUAGUGUUUGAUAAAAAAGUCAUUAAUUAUUAUAUGACCUAUUACAUAAUAAGUCCACCUAUAUAGAAGUACCAUAUGCCAUAAAGUACCUGAUACGGAUACGACAUAUUUGUGAAUGUACCCAUACUUUCAUAUAUCUCUAUGUAUAAAUAUCUGGCUCAUCAGCUCCAUUCCCCAUAUAUCUAUCCUUAAACCCAUGGUCAUAAAAUAUUUUGACACAAAAUGGAGCAAAGAGAUACUUUUUUCAGGCUACUAAGUAUAUCUCUUCUCUGUUUCAUUAUUUUCUUUUCCAUCAACUUGCUUGGAUUGAUUGUCACUGCCAAGGGCAACACCGGUUUCAUUCUUAGCAAUGAGACAGACUAUCAAGCUUUGCUUGCAAUCAAGUAUUUGAUACCAGUAGAUCCUCUUGGUGCCUUUAGCUCAUGGAACCAUUCUAUUCACUUUUGCAAUUGGCAAGGAGUCACAUGCAGUCGCCGACAUCAGCGUGUGACCGUCCUAAGCUUAUUUUCUCUCUCAUUGGUGGGUUCUAUAACUCCUCACAUUGGAAAUCUCACCUUCCUUCGGACUAUUGAUUUUAGUAACAAUAGUUUAUAUGGUGAAAUCCCCCUAGAGAUUGGUAGGUUGUUUCGUCUCCAAAAUCUUUGGCUUUCAAAUAAUUCUUUCCAAGGUAAAUUUCCUACCUUUUUGACUCAUUGUUCAGAUUUGAGAGUCAUUGAUUUGGCUAAUAACAAUCUAGGAGGAAACAUUCCUACCGAGUUUAGUUCUUUGUCCAAUCUCUUCCACUUGAAUCUUGGAACGAAUCGUUUUAUGGGAACUAUCCCACUUUCAAUUGCGAAUCUUUCUAGUUUACGCUUGCUUUCUCUUAUGAGCAAUAAUCUAGAGGGAAACAUUCCCAUCCAACUUGGGCAGCUUUCUAAGUUGGAGUUUCUUCAGUUGUCGGCAAACAAUUUGUCUGGUAUGGUUCCUACUUCACUUUACAACAUCUCAUCAAUCUAUUUCUUCUCUAUUGCUGUCAACCGGUUGCAUGGAAUUCUCCCACCGGAUUUGGGCCUCACCCUUCCAAAUUUGCAAACUUUUUUGGUUGGACUCAAUCAAUUUUAUGGUCCUAUACCAUCGUCAAUAGCCAAUGCUACUAGACUUGUAAAAUUUGAGAUCCCCAAAAAUUCUUUUACUGGGUCCAUGCCAAUGAAUCUGGGAACCCUUGAUUCUCUAGAAAUUUUACGUGCUAAUAGUAACUCACUUGGAACAAAUGAAGGCAAUAAUGAGUCGAUGAACUUUAUCACUUCUUUAUCCAACUGUUCCUAUCUAAUGAUAUUGGAUUUGGGUAUAAAUAAUUUUAGUGGUUUGUUGCCCCAUUCCAUUGCAAAUCUCUCCAAGACAAUCAUUUGGUUGACAUUGGAUGAAAACUAUAUAUCUGGAACCAUACCUGUUGGUAUUGGGAACCUUGUAAAUUUACGCAGACUUUAUUUAGACCAGAACAUGCUUACGGGUAGUAUUCCCGAGUCCGUUGGAAAGCUUUCCAAGUUGGAACAGUUGUUGCUAUUAUUAAAUAACAUCUGGAGAAAUUCCAUCCUCUAUUGGAAACCUUACUCGACUUGGUAGUCUUCUCAUACAAAAUAAUAUGAUAGAGGGAAGC